GAGAAGACAAGGCAUUUGGAAAAGCUCGUGAAAAGUUGAACUUAUUAACCUGGACUCUAUGUGUGUGUCCUAUUUGGAACUCUUCUCGUCACACUCCUCCGUGCUUUUGACGUUACGUACGCAGCCGUGGCGUUGCCUUGCGAGCCCAAAUAACAUGGAGUCCUCUGCCUGGCAUCUUCCAGGGAGCCGAGCAACGGACCAAACCUGAGCAGCGACCCAGAGAGAGAGCAAGUUCCCCCGGCGGUCAGAGCCGCAGGAGAGCAUCGUCUCCGGGCACGAAAAAAAGCGCCAGGUCCGUUCUGAAAACUAUGGCGAACGGUGCUUAAAGCAGACCGCUUUUCACUGCGACCCGCAAACCAGGCCGAUUUCAAAGAGGCAGCUGCACAAUGUAGGGAGGCUGGUCGCCAGCGGGACUCCAUACUGUUCUCUGGGGGGGGAGCAUGGAGCCAGACGGGCGACCCCUAACCCCAGGGACCAGCAAUGGGCCCCCAGCCUACAACUCAGCACAAAACCCCGUCCCCUCUACCUUCUCAAGCUACACCUUACAGUCCUCAUGUUCUCUGAAUGUGAGGGACGGCCGGAUGUCUGCCAAACGCUCGUGGGGCAUCGCCAGCGAUGAGGGCCCCGAGCCGAGUGAAGGCCCCCGGCCCGGUGCAGAGCCAGGGAAGACUGCACAGAGGAGAGCCAGGUCCUCAGCCUUUCCUUCCUCCCUGAGCUGGGACUCGGACUCUGAGAAAGAAACACAAGAUGAGGAGGAGCUACAGCACUUUUCUAACCCUCACGGUCUGGCUGCUCACAGCCCAGGAUCUCCUUCUGGACUCAGACUUGAUAGUGAAGAUGACCAGGAACCUGAAAAGCAGCACUUGCGUAGCAAGACUAACUCGUCCCCUCCUGUGGUGGGGCACGACAGAAACAAUGAGAGCACAAAGACAGAGGAGCCAAAUACAUCUCAGCUUGGCCCGAUAGACUUGGCAGACCGCGACGCGUGGAACGUAUCUGAGGGAGCCAAGCUGUUUCUGUCCAAAGUAAAACCAAAGGAAGGUUGCCAAAUGGAGGAGGAGGAGGAGGAGGAGGAGGAGGAGGAGGAGGAGGCUGAUAACAAUGAGGGAGAGAAGAGGCCCAAGGGAAACGAAACCACGGAGCCUGAGAGAGAUGUGUAUACCUUCCCUGGAGACUCCGACCCCGAGAGUCCCCCUCCCGCUCCCUGGGCUCAUUGUACAUUCAUUCAGCGGUGCAGAAAGAAGAGGGUGCUGCUCAGGCCCUUCUCCGGACUCGGCACCUUGAAGCACACGUCGCCUGGCAAGACUGGCAAGUGGGCAGGAGUUAGUCCUCCGAAAUCCAAAACAACCGAGACAGCGCAGCUGAAUCGAGGUGCAGGGGUUUCUGAGUUUGAGGAAGUCGGCUUUAUGGAGGCAGCUGUGGAAGAACCGAUGAACAUCAGAGAGAGAGGAGGGAAAAGAGACAAUGAAGACAUGGGGGGAGAGCCAGGCAAAGAAAUCUUCACCUGUGUGGAGUGUAGCAUUUACUUCAAAAAGCAGGUCCACCUGCAGGAGCACAUAGUAGAGCAUUGUCAGAGCGGUGCAGCGGGGGGCAGGCGUUUAGGAAAGGGCGGCCGUUUCCGAUGUGUUGAGUGUGGAUGGAACCUGCCCAAUCGGCUCGCACUGUCAGACCACCACAGACGGCACCAGGAGUCCCGCCUAAAGAUCUUAGGGGAGAUUGAGAAACUGAAUGAAAAUGGCAGUGCAAGAGAGAUUCAGAAGCUCGACAGUAAGACGGCGAAGCACAGAAGCUCGGACGCAGCUAUUAUGCAAGAUGUGAGUCCAGCCUCGAUUCCUGGCAAAAUGUCAGACCCAGAAAUAGUCACGUCUCCACCUCUUUCCCCGGUUUCAACACCAGAUGCAGUCCCAGCAGUUCUUGACGCAACUCCUCCGAAUUCAAUUCACACUCCAGCUCAGGCCCGAGCUGUUUCCGCUGGCCGUCGCCGUUUUGUCUGCACCAAGUGUAACUUCAGCACAAGAACCCCCCAGGCGCUGGCUAAUCACAGCAAGACCCACAACAGGAAAGAACCCGCUCUCACGGCUGAUUCUCCAUCAUGUUUGGCAUCCACCUCCCUGGCCUGUGGUCAUUGUGGUUUCCUGACCUCAAGCCAAACUGCAAUGAGGGAACACCAAAAGCUUGUUCACCCAGGACAGGCGUCCAUCGACGGGGCGCAGGCCCAUGAAACUGGCCAGAAUUCGAGGUCUAAUGUCAGCGCUCACAUUUCAAAACCCACUCUAGAGUCUGAACAUUUCUCUGGGCCAGGAUCUGGAUCCUCGCCCAAUGCAAUUCGAGGCGAAAGCCAGCCAGAAGCCGCUGCCUCCGAAGACAGAACUGUGCCAGACGGCGAUGAGGCUCGGCCCCCAAGCCAGGCGGUCGUGUCCAAGUGCACUGGGAACAGGAGACUCGGCAGAAGGGGGAAGACUUGGACGGAUCUGGACAAGUUUCUGGACGAUGGCAAGCUGACCGGGAGUGAAGAGGAAGAGCAGGACAAAGAUCAGAGCACAGAGCGCGACACCGAGUGUACACAACACGACGACAACUCGCCUGUCGGAGGGAAACGGCACACCAGAUCACGAUCCAACACAGAUGACUGCUCCGCACAGCAGAGUGCUACGUUAUCGCUCCCUCCCGAGAAGUGUGUGAAGGAGGAGGACGAGCUGGACGUGGAGAAAGAUGGGAGGGGUUUCUGUUUGAGGCGGAGCCAUCGCGUUACGGCCGCUCCGGCAGAAAGUGACAGCGAUGACGAGGAACGUGUGCGACGUUUCCUUUCAGAGGGCAUCUUGGAUGAAGACCCAGACGAGAUGGAUGCGGACUUGGAGUCGCUCAGGGGCGUGGAGAGGAAAUGCCCCUACUGCCCCGAUCGAUUUCACAACGGCAUCGGGCUCGCCAAUCACGUGAGAGGCCACCUGAACCGAGUGGGCGUCAGCUACAAUGUGCGGCACUUCAUUUCCCCCGAGGAAGUCAAAGCGAUUGAGAAGAAGUUCUCCUAUCAGAAGAAAAAGAAAAAAGUUGCCAACUUUGACCCGGACACAUUCAGCGUGAUGCACUGCGAGUUCUGUAGCGCCGGCUUCGACACCCGGGCCGGCCUGUCCAGCCACGCCCGCGCCCACCUCCGCGACUUUGGCAUCACCAACUGGGACGUUACCAUCUCGCCGAUCCAUAUCCUGAGGGAGUUAUUCUCCAGGCGGCCCGAUCUGGUGAUCCCCACGGCUCCACCUCGGAGCCCCUGCUCCUCGCAGGACGAGGGCGAGGAAGACGAGGAGGAGGAGGAGGAGGAGGAGGAGGAGGAGGAGGAGGAGAAGGAAGAUGAGGAGGAAGGGGAGAGAAUCGUCGAGGUAAAGCUAGAGGAGGAGACGAGUGAAAGGAUGCCAAGCGCUGCCGUUACUGAUGCUGUUACUUCGGCGUCUCCUCAACACUGCAAGCAGAAGGACGCUGAAGAAGAGAGUAACGGCGAGGAGGAGGAAGAGGAUGAGGAGCAGCUACAGCUUACAGCUCCGGAUGCUCUGAGCUCGGGGGAAACCGACGGCCGGUCAGACGGCCUCUCUCCUGGAGAGGAUGCAGACUCCAAGGUCCACGACUUGAAGUGCGAGGUGUGUGGAGCUCAGUUUGAGACCAGACGGGGACUGUCCAGCCACGCCCGCUCCCACUUGCGCCAGCUGGGCGUCAGCGUUUCAGAGAGCAGCGGGGCACCCAUCGACCUCCUAUACCAACUUGCCAAGGAGCGCAACGCGGACAGCCAGAUCGGCUCGUCUCUUCCGCAGCCCCUUCCAGCCGAGAGCCCCUCGCCAUCAGUUCCUCGGAAAGAUGAGGCAUUAGGAGACAUGGACUUAGACGAGAAACCCCUCCCUCUCUCAGUCCUGGCCAAAGCAGCCAAAGCAGUGCCACCCUCCUCCUCGCCUACGCCUCCUCGUGGCGCCUCUCCUGCUCCGUAUCCUCAUUCCGGCUCCCCUCCCUCGGUAGUGAGGAAAGCCCCCAUCUCCUCUCUGCUGCCGGUGUCUUCCCUGCUGCGCUCCGUGGAGCACAAGGCCGCGGGAAUGAAAGGCUUGAUGUCUAACCUCUCUGCCUCGGCCACGGUCGCAACCAAACCCAUCUGGGCGCCGCAGGAGGAUGACGCUCCGCUCAACCUCACGCUGGAGGUGAACCCCAACAAGGACAUCGUUUGUCAGCUGUGCGGCGCCUGGUUUGAGACUCGGAAAGGCUUAUCCAGCCAUGCACGAGCCCACCUGCGGCACUUUGGCGUGGAGUACUCCGAAUCCAAGGGCUCUCCCAUCGACCUCCUGAACCAGCUCAUCGAUACGGACGACUUCAAGCACAAAGCCGGCUCUCUGCAGCGCGACAGCCACGCGGAGCCCCGGGGCCUCGCCGGCCCCAAGCAGUCGCUGCACAGCCUCUCGUCCUCUCCAUCGCUCCUCUAUAAGGUCACCACAGCCGGAGGAGGGUCCACGUCCAAAGCUACCUCUUCCUCUGCCUCAUCGCUGCUCCUCGGCCCGCCCGCCAAACGUCACAAGUCCUCCUCCAUGAGGGUCUUCCGCCUGAGCAGUGGCGAGCUCAUGGCGCUUCCACACAGCGAGCCUCCGAAGGAAAUCGGCUGCGAGUUCUGCGGGGAAUACUUUGAGAACCGUAAAGGCCUGUCCAGCCACGCCCGCUCCCACCUGCGCCAGAUGGGCAUCACCGAGUGGACGGUGAACGGCUCGCCCAUCGACACCCUGAGGGAGAUCAUCACGAGACGGGGCCUGCCUUGCGCUCUGCCUCUCAAACCUCUCAAAACUCCCCCUCCGUCCUCUCCCGGGCCCACUCGCUCCCCUCUGCCGGCCUCCUCCUCUCCUUCCGCUACCCUCCUCGGCCGCCUACCCUUCGCCUUCGCCCGGCCCUCCAGCCCCGCGCCGUCAGCAGCGUCCAAAUCGAGCUCGGCAACGCCUCCGACCUCUUCUAGCGGGCUGAUCCUCAAGCUGAAGCCCGAGCCGGUGCAGCUGGACGUCACGGCGCCCAGAGCCGUGGCGAGAUCUGGCGGCUUCUCCGGUGAAGCUCUCAGCUGCAGCUGGAGCAGCUCUGACACGGUGUUCCCCCUCAACCUGGCCAUGUCCCAUGAAGUGGAGCCUACAAGAGACAUUCGCUGCGAGUUCUGCGGGGAGUACUUUGAGAACCGGAAAGGCCUUUCCAGCCACGCUCGCUCCCACCUGCGCCAAAUGGGCAUCACCCAGUGGUCGGUGAACGGCUCGCCCAUCGACACCCUGAGGGAGGUUAUGCACAAGAGAGGGGCGGGUGCCUCCUCUCACUCGGACCAGGGGGUGAAGAAGGAGGGGAGCCACGGAGCCAGCAGUCCACUCUGGGAGAACACGGAGGGAAUGGGUGUUUCAGGCUACCAGUCAGGCUCCAAAUUCCGUAAGUCUCCGCUCAGUUUGCUGCAGUCGGGGUCGCGGCUCCAUAAGCAGGGCUUGGGCACCGCGUCUGCCGCUCUGCCUGCAGGGAAGUUUUUCCGGCUGUCCCCGCUGGGGAAAAGGCCUCUGUCUGACGAGGGCCAAUCAGCGAAGAGCGCCCACUCGCCUCCACAUCAGCCUAAGACCUUCUCACCUCUGCCACACGAUUUCUCCUUCAAAAGGAAACCCUCCCCAGACAAGCACGGACACCAGGAUCCCAGCUGCGAGCUGUGCGGCUUCUACUUUGAGAACCGUAAAGCUCUGGCCAGCCACGCACGAGCUCACCUCAGGCAGUUUGGCGUGACCGAGUGGUGUGUAAAUGGAUCCCCCAUCGAGACGCUUAGCGCCUGGAUGCGCAGCAGGCCGCAGAAGGUGUUGGAGAUGCAUCGCAGCUACAUGCAGGGCAACCGAUCCACCCUGAAGAAGAAGAGCACUUCUCCUCUCACUGCAUCAACGGAUUCUGAUCAUAUCCUCCCCGUCUCAUCGCAGAAGGCCUCCUCUUCCUCCUCCUCCUCAUCCUCCUCCUCCUCCUCCCAGUGGUCUUCAUCUUUGGCUCUGAGCCUGGUGCGGCCGCUGAGCUGCGAUGUCAGCCAGGGCUCGUCCAGGACUGCUGACGGUGAAUCCGGUACCAGCCUACACGCUCCGUUCAGGCACGGCCGCAGCAGUCCCAGCCCCUCGCGGCUCGCCGCCGGCCUCCCGCUCCAAGCACAGGUGGCUCGCAGUGAGCUUAACGUCCGCCUACCCAGAGGUUUUGAGCGUCGGCCCUUGAAGCACCCAUCUUGCCCAGAUGGGACAGAGAGCCCUCCUAAACCCCCCCGCACAGGCACUGUCCCCGCCCUGGUGCCCAAACCGCCCUCCUACCCGCUGGUCAAACUGGUGGGCAAGUUCUACACCCUGAAGUGCCGGUUCUGCGAGGUGGAGUUUCACGGCCCGCUGUCGGUGCAGGAGGACUGGAUCAGACACCUCCAGCAGCACAUCCUCAAGAUGAACUACAACAGGCCCGCUGCGCCCAAAGCCGCCUCCGCUGAACCCCCUGCCCCUGCGGGCAACCCGGCCAAUGCCCCAGCCUCCACCUCUACCUCCAGUACCACCUCUACCACGCUCGCCCUCACCUCCACCUCCACCCUGGGCCAUGCCAACAUUCCCAACAGCUGCUCCCAUACACCGCCGGUGGCUAAGCGCGCUCCGCCCGUCACUGCCACAGAGAUUGUAACGGUCUCAGAGGAGCAGCCCACCUUAUCUCCAACUUCUAUUCCCCUCCCCGCCCAGACAGUGUGAGCUCAGAUCCAUCACUGUCAUUUAAGCCCCUUUUACUUGUCUUGUUGCCUUUCUUAUAUAUUUUCAUCCAUCCGUUUUCUUCUUCCUUUGGCCUUCACAAAGGGUUGAGGAGGAACGUUUUCCCUCCAAAGAGCCCUCUGAGUCCCACGCACCUUUUUGAAGCAGCUUUCUACACUGUUACUAAGACCUGCUGCCAUGAAAGAAGAAGGAAAGAAGCUCUCAGGGCUUAGCCGCGCACCACAGAUGGGUCAUCAAGUGUCGGAGGUUACGAGGAGAGACGAACCAAUGUUUUUUGUGUUUGCCUUGUUUAUAUUGAAUGUCCAGGUGUUGACGUGGACCCUUGCUGGACCUCUCCUCCCAUUCGUUGGGGGAUUUAGGGGUUAAUGUAGCCCUUUAUCAAACUUAAACCCCCACCCCUAUCGACCAUACUUCUGCCCCCUUUCCCCUUUACAAACUUACUAGCGUUACUUAGACCAGUCAGACUGAGAUUGAAUGACUUUUAUAACCAUGCUAGUCUCGUGGUUGAGAUUUUCAAACACUUAGUGUUAAAACAGGCACUUUUAAUGUUGACAUUGUCACUUAGCACUUACUGAAAGGCCCAUUUUAAAUGGGUGAAAUUCGACAAUGACUAAAGGUCCUUGCACACUGAGUCUGAAAUUUUCGUAGGCCUUUUUUUGUCACGCACAGAAACCUUGCACACUGACUCCGAUGCAUAUUAAUUAAUCCUUUGCGAAAUCUUUCGCCAAACAAUACAAAAUGGAGUUUUCAAGCAGUGAGGGUGAUUAUGUUGUCCUCUCCCUUCUUAAAAAGUGAAAGAAAUAGGAAAUAUUGGCUCCAUCCAAUCCUGAGAUUGCGCUGUGGGAUUAUCCUCAUCCUUUCCAAGUUUAUUUUAGGAUACCUUGAUAACACCCUUGAACUUGGACUUGGCCAUUGGUCUAUAUAAGUUAUACCAGUUACAGUU